AUGGCUAGUCCGGGUAGCUACAAAACUCCUCUAAAGGGGUCCGUAUACACGGAUAUCAGCCAUGACCCCGUUACAACGAUCCUUCCGCAAGGCGAUAUUCCUUAUACCGACCAUGAGAUGGACGCGGAUGAGAGGGUGAUUGUGGCCCUGGGAUACAAGCAAGAGUUCAAGCGCGAGUUCUCACUAUGGACGACAUUCUGUGUCAGCUUUUCGGUCCUGGGGCUACUUCCGUCGUUUGCCAGCACGAUGUACUACGGAAUGGGCUAUGCCGGGACUGCAGGCAUGGUCUGGGGAUGGCUCAUUGCGAUGUUUUUCAUCCAGUGUAUUGCGAUGUCCAUGGCGGAGCUAUGCUCUGCGAUGCCGACGAGCGGUGGACUUUACUAUGCCGCGGCAGUGCUUGCGCCCCCAAAGUAUGGACCCUUUGCUGCGUGGAUCACAGGGUGGUCCAACUGGAUCGGACAGAUCACAGCCGCACCGUCCGUGGACUAUUCGCUUUCUGCGAUGAUUCUCGCCGCGGCGUCGAUGCAGAACCCGGACUACGUGCCCACUAAUUGGCAGGUAUAUCUCCUGACGACGCUCAUCAUGAUCAUCCACACGGCUAUCAGCUGCAUGUCGACCAGGUGGGUCGCGCGGGUCAACUCCUGGGGCUCCACGUUCAACAUGGUCGCCCUCAUCAUUACCCUAAUCGCCAUCCCCGCCGGAACCACGAACGAGCCCAAGUUCUCCUCGUCCAAAGAGGUCUGGGGCACCAUCACCAACUUUACCGACUUCCCUGACGGAGUUGCCAUUCUCAUGACCUUUGUCGGUGUCAUCUGGACCAUGUCCGGCUACGACUCGCCUUUCCACCUGAGCGAGGAAUGCUCCAAUGCCAACAUCGCUUCGCCGCGCGCCAUUGUCAUGACCUCCGGUGUCGGUGGCCUAAUGGGCUGGUUCCUGCAGCUGGUCGUCGCCUACACUGUGACUGACAUCAACGCGGUUAUGAACUCGGAUCUGGGCCAGCCCUGGGCGUCGUACCUGCUACAGGUCAUGGAACAAAAGACCGCCCUCGCGCUCCUAGCGCUGACCAUCAUCAGUGGCUUUUCCAUGGGACAGGGAUGCAUGGUGGCUGCGUCACGAGUAACUUACGCCUACGCGCGCGAUGACUGUUUCCCGUUGUCCAAAUACUGGAAGAUGGUCAACCCGUACACGCAAACCCCCGUUAACGCGGUGAUCCUGAACGGCGUCAUGGGUAUUCUCAUGUGUCUGCUCAUCCUUGCAGGCGACACCGCCAUCGGAGCCUUGUUCUCGAUCGGCGGCAUUGCCCAGUUCGUCGCCUUCUCGAUCCCCAUCGCGACCCGGGUAUUCUUCGUUGGCCACCGCUUCCGCAAGGGUCCAUGGCACCUGGGGCCCCUGGGGCCAUACAUCGGCGGGAUGGGCGUGGCGUUCGUGCUCCUGAUGGUGCCCGUACUGUGUCUGCCCAGCGUGACGGGGUCCGACCUGACGCCGGAUCUGAUGAACUGGACGUGCCUGGUCUGGGGCGCGCCGAUGGUGAUGGUGAGCAUCUGGUGGGUGGUGGAUGCGCACAAGUGGUUCAAGGGACCCAAGGUCAAUGUGGACCACGCCAUUCACGCCGUAGAGACGGCGUCCAUCAUUGACGGUGUGGGGGCGGAUGAAGAUGUCCCUCAACUGGGGGAUACAUCGAGUAAGGCGUCAACCAGGUAGUUGUCUGGCUUACAAACCUUCAUUUUGUUUUUGGGUCUUAGACCUGGGGUCUAUAUAUAGUCGACAUACACAGAAUACCAUAUAAUACCCACCCCUACCGUUCAUAUGGUACUUGCAGUUGCAGUAAGGUUUGCU